AUGAAUCCUGACUUGAAGAGGGCCCGAGAAAAUAGCGUGAUUGAUGUGACGGCGCUGAGGGAUUACCUCCAUGAUGGUAAUCAGCAUUGGAGACGACAUGAAUCUAUUGCUCAGAUCAUGUCUUCAGAUCCGGUCUUCGACAAGUCGAAACGACUCUUCAUGACGCGGACACAGCUAUUCGAACGCGUACUGUCCAUGAUGAACCACAUCUCUGAGCUACAGGAAAAGCACGGCUGGACGGACGAAGAUACGCGUCAUGCGAUCGGUCUGCUCGACGACGGAGCACCCAUAGACCUUCACUUGGCCGCAUUCGAGCCCGUCGUCACGAGCCAAGGAUCCGAGACCCUUCUCGCCACAUAUGGCCCCCUCAUCCAACACCGCGGUAUCUUAGGCUGUUACCUCCAAACCGAGCUCGGUCACGGCAGUAACGUCUCCGCUCUCGAAACCACCGCGACUUUCAUACCCGAGACUCAAGAGUUCGAGAUCAAUUCGCCGACGCUGACGAGUACGAAGUGGUGGGUUGGGAGUCUUGGAAAGACGGCGACGCAUGGUGUUGUACAGGCGAAGUUGAUCUUGCCAAGUGGGAAGGAUGUCGGGCCACAUUUGUUCUUCGUGCAGCUUCGCUCUUUGGAUGACCAUACCCUCCUUCCUGGAAGGAACAUUGGCGACAUCGGUCCGAAGGCCAUGGGCGGGUGGGCUAACCAGGAUCACGGUUUCGCACAGUUUGACCACGUACGAGUGCCUAAAGAACAUAUGCUGUCGAAGUUCGCGCAGGUUACGCCCGAAGGCAAGUAUGUGCAACCGCCGCACGCGAAGAUGAGUUAUGGAGGGAUGCUUUACAUUCGGUCGCAGAUGGUCACUACCGCCGGAUGGGUACUAGCCAAGGCUGCGACGAUUUCGAUACGCUAUGCCCACGUCCGUAGGCAAGGCUCCAAAUCUGCCGACGGCCUCGAGAAACAAGUCAUCUCGUAUCAAUCCGUGCACUACCGGCUCGUCCCCAUCCUCGCACGGGCGUACGUGUUCCUCCAGCUCGGAAGGCAGCUCUCCAAAUCGUUCGCGAGUACUUCAGCCAAGCUCGCCGCUGGAGAUACGUCCACGUUGGCCGAGAUGCACGCUACCACGAGUGGACUCAAGGUGCUUUCUACGACGAUCACGACCCGCGAUGUCGAAGUCGCCCGACGCUCGAUGGGCGGCCACGGGUUCAGUGCGUUUUCAGGCUUGGGAUCGCUCUACGCUCAAUAUCUCCCGGCCGCAACAUACGAAGGCGACAACUUCGUCCUUGACCAUCAGGUCGUUCGAGCAGCCCUGAAAGCAUUCCAUCGCGUUCGAUCGUCGACAGCAACAGCAUCAUCCUCUCCAACGCAAUUAUCGCCCUCCUCUGCGUACCUCCGCUGUCUACUUCCAUCCAACACCACGCCGCCACCCUCGCCCACCUCAUCAUCGGAUUGGUCCGACCCGGCCAUACUCGCGUCGCUACUGGAGUGGCGAGCGGCAUUCGUCGUCCGAUCGCACGCCGCCCUGGACCUGGACAAGGAGCUGGAUGCAGGGGCGUCCAGACGCGUUGCGAACGCGGUGACGGAGGCGUUCGUUGCGGCGCAGAUACUUGACAUGAUCCGUGGUCUGGAAGACGUGAAGCUGCCUGCAGCGACGAAAGCCGUGGUCGCGAGAUUGUAUUCUUCGUAUCUCCUUGUCGCUGUUGAAGAAGGCCUCGCCGACCUCCUUUCCUUCGGUUUGGUCACUCCGGCCUCACCAGCCAGCGGAGACUUUAAGGAUCCGGCACAUCACCUCCGCCACGCUAUCGCGACGUCUUGUCUCCAUAUUAUUCCAGAAUCGAUUGCGCUCGGCGACGCGUUUGGGUUCUCCGACUGGGAGCUCGAUAGCGUGCUCGGUGUGUAUGACGGCAGGGUAUACGAGGCAUUCUGGGAACGCGUGCAGGGCGAGCCGCUGAACCAGACGGAAGUCGUCCCUGGAUACGAGGAAUAUAUAAGGCCGAUGUUGAAGCGGGGGCAGAAGCUGGCGGAGGGAAAGGGAGCGAAGCUGUGAUUUGUGAUCCUUCGAUGGAGAUGCUUGAUAACUAUCUCUCAGUCCGCAGGAGUAUAAAUAUGUACCUAUGACCGCUUACUACGGGUGAUGUACGACUGUUGUAGUAUUACCUGAAAGACAGAUUGACGACGAAAAUAGAUGGAGAGAAAAUAUGUCAAGAAACACGACCAAAUUCGCCUUCGCUGUAUCUGCUAGGGCAAAGCACAACUCAGGGAAGAUGUUCAUUCUGGAGAUUCAGAAAGCAAAGUCGUCGAACUCAGAACCGUAACCCUCAGAAUCGUCGAAAGAGUUCUCGUCGUCUUCAUCAUCGUCAUCAUAUUCUUCGUCCCCUGUGUACCCAUCCCAAUCCACCUUCGGAACUAUCGUUUCCAACUCCACGAGGAAACCUUCGUCGAUAAUGCAGUCGAUGAUACCCAGGCGCCGUAUAGGCUUCCCGAUCUUCUUCCGCCUUUUCAGGUGAGAUCUGAAAAGCUUCGUCAAGUCUGGGUCGAAAUCCAUGUCCACGAUGUCGACCGAGAUCAGGUUUGGUAGAAACACUUCGUGCGCCUGAACACGAGGCCAAGGUUUCUUCUUCCCAUGAUUUCCCCCAGCCGGCUUUUGGGACCUGCCUUCCCCGCUCACGGGCUCCACCAAAGCCGAGAGGAAAGCUCGUACGGACGUCAUCCCACUGAUCGAGAUGUUGCGCAGCUGUUUCAAGGACGCAAGAGUCGGCAUGGAAUCUGAGAACACGGUCCAGUUCAUGCUGCCCAUGUCGAUUGUGCGUAACUCGGUGAGAUCUACAAUACCGCUGAUCGAAGCGAACGAUGGCAUUUGGUCCCGGUCGCAAACUAUCUGCACUUGAACGACUGC